AAUGAGUGAGUCAAAACAGCGAACCCUCUUGCAAACCUGGCAGAAAGCACCAAAGCAGAAUUCUAUGGUUAAUGCUCCUAAGGCUAAAAAUGAGGACACUUCGGUGUACAUCUUGGAUAGUGAUGAUGAUGAUGCAUUUAUGGCUGCUGUCGCGGAUACAGACGAUAAAAAGUUACUAGAAAUGCUAAAAAAUAAUAACGAACAACAGGAAAGGUUUACAACAGAGUCCAAGGUGCACACCACCUCUAGUAACGCAUGUAAAUCUUAUACUAAUAUUCCCGAUGGUUUUGAUCUCAACUCGGGACGUUUAUGGAUCUAUCCAACAAAUUAUCCUGUUCGAGAUUAUCAAUACAACAUAGUUCAACAAGCUUUAUUUAAGAAUACGUUAGUUGCACUGCCUACGGGACUUGGGAAAACGUUUAUUGCGGCAGUCGUCAUGUAUAAUUUUUAUAGAUGGUAUCCAUCAGGAAAAAUUAUUUUUAUGGCUCCAACAAAACCUUUAGUGGCACAACAAAUUGAAAGUUGUUAUCGAAUAAUGGGAAUACCGCAACAGGAUACAGCUGAAAUGACAGGAACGAUGAAACCAAAAGAUAGAGAAUUUCUAUGGCAUUCUAAACGAGUUUUUUUCCUCACUCCUCAAGUUAUGGCUAACGACUUGGGGACUGGAAUAAUACCUCCAGAGAAUGUAAAAUGUAUAGUUGUUGACGAAGCACAUAAAGCAACUGGAAAUCAUGCAUAUCAUCAAGUCGUAGACAAACUUAAACAAUCUGAAGCUAUUUUUAGAAUGUUGGCACUAAGUGCCACUCCCGGUAGUAACAUUAAGGCUGUUCAAGAAGUAGUUCACAAUUUACUUAUAUCGCAUAUCGAACUUCGAUCUGAUGAAUCAAUAGAUAUCAAGAGAUAUUUGCCAAAAAGACAAAUAGAUAAGAUUAUUGUACCCUUGGACGAAGACAUUCGAAAAGUUAAACAACAAUAUCUCGAGAUAUUGUCCAAUGUCGGUUCAAGAUUGAAGAAAUCUGGAGCUUUUUUUAAUAUGAAUGCUGGAAACUUAUCUAAAUUUGCAAUAAUCAAAGCAAGAGAAAGUUUUAGGAAAAAAAUACCGCCAGGAUUAUCGAAACAAGAAAUUGGCAUGCUCGAGGGAGAUUUUGCUCUUUGUACAAGUUUAUGUCAUGGAUUAGAAUUAUUAGAACUUCACGGUCUCAAAUCGCUUAAAAAGUUUCUAGAAUCAACCAUCUCUGGUGACAAAGGCUACAGUAGAACAAGAACUGAAUUAUUGCGUAGUCAAAAUUUUUUAGACAUACUGGAUUUCCUUAAAAAAAAGUUUAGCAAUGAAACACUACCCGAUUUGCAGUCUCAAGCACCACCGCUAACAAAUAGUCAGCUUGCUUUGCCUUAUGAUCUUGGACAUCCGAAAUUAAUAAGGUUGCAAGACGUCGUACUUCAACAUUUCAACGAAUUUCCAGAUAAAGACGAAAAAGGUUGGGCAAAAACUAGGGUAAUGGUCUUUUCCCAAUACCGAGAUAGCGUAGAGGAGAUUACUGCCAUGCUAAGUCGCCACAGGCCACUUAUCACGGUUAUGAGUUUCAUUGGGCAAUCUCAGGGUAAAACUAAUAAGGGAAUUACUCAAAAAGAACAACUAAAAGUUAUGGAGAAAUUUCGAAAAGGAGGUUACAACACUCUAGUAUCAACUUGCGUUGGUGAAGAGGGUUUAGAUAUUGGUGACGUAGAUUUGAUUGUUUGUUUUGACGCCUCUAAAAGCCCCAUUAGAUUGGUUCAACGUAUCGGACGUACAGGACGAAAAAGAGCCGGUAGAAUUGUUAUGUUAAUAACAGAAGGAAAAGAGGAACAGAUAUACAAUCAAAGUAUUACAAACAAGGACACUAUACAUAAAGCCCUAUCUAAUAGUGGGAAAAAGCUGUCUUUAUAUCAGAAUGACUGUCGUAUGGUACCUGAAGGGUUAUUUCCUGAAUGUCACAAAAUGGAUUUAAGUCAAAAAGAUGACUAUAGAAAGCAGCCACCUAAAAAAUCUAGAAAAAUAGAUCGUCCCUCUUCUACUACAUCAAAAACUGAAUUACGUAAGAAACGGAAUAAAGAUGAUAAAUGCUUCCUUACCGAAAGUGAACUUGACUAUUGGGGACUUAAUUUUAAAUUAUUAAAUUAUCAAGUAAUAUUACCGAAGACAAGAAUGAUAAGCUUAGGAGAGGAUGAAUUUAUUCCACCUUCUGGGCAAAAUGUUAAUUAUGCAGAUCCCAACAAAUAUUACAUAUGGCAGAGUUACGAACAAGAAAUUCACAAAUUUGAUCAUUCAAAAGAAACGAAAGCCUUAGUACAUUGUAUGCAAUUUCUAGAAAAAAUAGGUAUGACUCAGGGAGAUAAUGAUGCCUACGAAGCGAAUUUAUUACCUUAUCUUCAGAAAGGUGACGUUGUUGAUAGGAAAAGUAAAAUAUUAUUGAAUAACAACGAGUCUCCAGCGAAGGGAAAAAAACGGAAAUCAAAUAGUGAAAUUGAUAUUCCAAUAAAAAGAAAAUGUAAUUGGAUUAUUGAUGAUGAAAACGAAGAGGUACAAGAUAUUGAGAACAAGAUGAAAGAGAGCUCUUUUAUGAAAAGAAGAGUUAGUACUACUCUAAUUCAAGCAGAAACUUCUAAGAGAGAGAAUUUAGUUAAAAAUUAUGAUAACGAUGCAGACUAUCCGUUUAUGAAUUAUAAUAGAUCAAAUGAAGUUAUGGAUAUCAACCAAGAUAAUUCAAUUAAUGAAAUUUCUGUAUCUUAUAGCUUUUCUUCAGAGAAAUUAGAUUGCGGAAAAGUGCCUUCUUUAAUUUCCUAUGGUUUACAAUAUUUCGAAAAUUUAACGCUGGAAGAUGUAACACAAACAGUUAUACGAUUUAAAAAAUCUAAUAACGAUAAAAUCCCAUUACAGUUAAAUAUAUUCGAUGAUAAUAUUUAUAAAAAUGCUCUUUGUGACAGUAUCAAAUACGUAAAACAACCAUUCAAUAUUCAUGAGAAAUCAAAUGAUGAAAUGAAACAAAUUUUCCAAGAGAUUUCCGACACGGAUGAAGAAAUAAUUAAAACACAGGAAAAAUCUUUUAAAGAUAGAAUUCCUGGGGAUAACCAAUCAGCUUUGAGAAAUUAUAAAGACUCCACACCACGAACGGAAGCUCCAGUUGUUUACGAUGAUGAAAUUAGAUUGGAAACACCUAAAUCGCCUAGAAAGGAGAUAGAACAGUUUAACACUUCUACUCACGAUCUCUUUGCUAGUGACAAUGAUGACGAUUAUUUUGAAAUUGAAAAUCAAUUUAUAGAUAAUAUGAAAAGCGAUGGUAGAAUUUUAACAAUGAAUCAUGAAACAGAUGAUUUAAUAUUUAAGCCACCAGCGCCCAUACAUUCUAGCACCCCUUUCGUCAAAUCUAGCGAAGCCAAAAAAACGCCGAAAAGUGAAACUCCUAAAUUUUAUACGGCAUCCCAGGCUUUAAGAAAAUUAAAUUUUCAAGACACAAAUACUAGUUGCAAAUCUGGAACAGAGGAAAUUAGCUCUACUAAUGAACUUCGUAAAGAGAAUCAAACAUUAGAAUUAUCACUAGAUAUGGAUAGCCUUUUCGAUACCGACGAAAUAAUCGAAGGAAGUCAACUUACUGAAAAUAACGAUAUUGGAGAUAAAUCUGAUAAACAAUUAACAGAUAAAUUAUAUAACAACAAUAUAAGACAUAGAACUUUCAAAACACCGUCAAAAAUAGAAAAUAAUGAUAAAUUCUUGACUCCGCAACGACCCAAAAUAGCCAUCGUAGCCCCAAUUACGAGAAAGUUUAAAACUUCCCCUAUAUCAGAGAAAAUACCUGAUCAUAUUCAAUUUAAUAAGAAUGAUAUUGAUAAUGAUGAUGAUGAAAUCGGGGCAACUCAAAUGGCGAAAAAUGAGAUAUUUAGAGAUCUGGGCGGUUAUAUUUCAUCACAAGCGAUUAAAAGCAAUAUGGAUGAAAACGAAGAAGCAGAUGAAAGUAAUAUUGGUAUGAAACGAAGGAAUAAGCUACCUAUCAGUUCACAAGAAUCACCGGAAUCUGCAAUCAAAAGGGGAAAAAUGAAAAGAAGUAGAAAAUUAGCUUUACUUUCAAGUGACGAAUCAGACGAUAACUCUGAAGGUCUUACUUGGCUUCGUUGUCGGAAAAAUAGGGCUUCCGAAAAGACGAAAGUAAAAUAUAGUAAAGAAGAAAUAAAGGACUAUGAACCACGAAAGCAGCAACGAACAAAUGGAAGAGAAUUCAUUGCUGAUGAAGCUGAUGUUAGUGGACCCGACUCUGGUGAAUCGAGCGACGACGGCUCAGCUCUAGAACUGUUACAAGAAUCAUUUAUCGACAACAAUGACGUUGAUUUACCUACUGCAACUCAACAUGCCGCUUAUCUAAAAGAUAUGCGAAGUCCGAUAGGAAUGGGCCAUCAACGAUAUAAGCUGGCGUACGGAAUGAAUUCAGAUAUGGAUGUAUUUUCUCAAAUUCCUCAACCGGACGUCACGAACUAUGAAGAAAAUAGCUUUUGCGUUGCCGAUGAUCAAGAGCCUACCUAUGAGUUUUCAGAUGACGGCAGCUUGGAGAAUUUCAUUGAACAAGAUAAAAGUUCAAGUGACGAAGAUCAAUUACUAUCCAAAAGAAGGCCAAAAAGAGAUAGAACUAAGCAAAAAACUGCCUUGCAGGAAAAAUUUCAAACUCUAAAGAGAUCGAGGAAGGCUCACGAAGAUAGGAAAAAAUAUAGACUAUUUUCAAAACCGAUUAGGGAAGAGGAAGAAGAUAAUGAAGUAGACGAUGACAACGACAUAAUAGCAAUAGACGACGAAGAUAAUACAAAUUGCCAUAGAGACAAAAUGCCUUUUGAAAACGAACAACCUUGUUUAGAGCUUGAAUUAAGUUUAGACGAUUUCAUAGAAAGUGACAGUGACGUCGGAUAG